AUGGUGCCCGGCCCCGGCCCCGGCCCCGGCCCAGCCGCCGCCCCCCCCCCGCCCGCCCCCCACACACACCCCGCGGGCGGGGGCGGCGCCCGCUCCCUCACAGCGGGGCGGCCCGCGGCGCUGCGGCCCCCGCCCCGCCCCGGCCGGCACUCGGCGCCCGCCAUGGCGGGGCUGGGGCAGGGGUGUGCGGGGAAGGCGCCGCUGCUGGUGAAAAUCGUGAUGGCCGGGGAGUCCUGCGUGGGGAAGACCUCCAUCGUGCGGAGGUACACGGAGCCCGGCUCGCCGCCCGCCGGGGCUCCCACCUCCUCCUACUUGGCCACGAUCGGCAUUGAUUUUAAAGUAAAGCCAGUAACGUUUAGUGGUACAAGAGUGAAACUUCAGAUAUGGGAUACUGCUGGCCAGGAACGAUUCCACACACUCAGUACCAGCUAUUUUCGUGGUGCACAAGGCUUUGUUCUUGUAUAUGACAUCACAAAUCUGGACAGUUUUCGAAGUAUAACGAGCUGGAUGAAAGACAUACAUGAGAAAGCAGGUGAUGAAGUGGACGUAAUACUGUUGGGCAACAAGUGUGAUAAGGAGUCAGAACGUGUAGUUCCAAAACAGAAAGGAGAAAAGCUUGCUUGGGAACAUGGAAUACCCUUUUUUGAAACCAGUGCUAAAGAUAAUGUGAACAUUGAGGAUGCAUUCUCAGUCUUGACUAAAGAAAUACUGGAAAAGAAAUCCUGUGUAUUAUAUGACUUAGAUGUUGUGGCUCUAAAUGAAAGUAAGAAGAGAACCUGCUGUGCAUUCUGAAAUACUGUUUUCUUAUUCCGUUUUCUUUUCAGAAAACAUUAACUAUUGCAAAGCAACAUAUAAGAUUUUAAAAGUGAGCCUGUAAUCCCAAAACACAGUAUUUAAGCAUCCUUUGUGUUACACAAACUUUGUUGCCAAAUGUUUUGAUAUGUUUAUAUUAUAGUUUCAUAUUUUUACUGUGAAGUUAAAACAAUUAUCUGACUUUGGAAUUAUUAGAUGCAUCACAGGAUGACUGCAUUUGCAUACAAAUGUUUGCAGGAAUGAAAUCUAAGUGUAUUAAUUUGCUUUUAUUAAAAAAAAAAUCCUGACUUUUUUUUUCUGUGUUACUUAUACCAGAUUUGUAAUGUAAUGAACAUUGACAUUAUCAAAGAGGCAACCUUCUGAUAUAUGAAAUCACUUAUGCUAUCCCCCAGAUAACACCUCUUUAAGUAGCUGACAUUUACUGCAGUCCCCCAAGAUAAUUUUCUGGGAAUUUUUCGCUUUGUUUCUUUCAUAUCCGUUUCAGAAACAUAUGUGUUACUUGAAUACCCUUGAAUAGGGAAGCUGCAAAGUUUAGGGCUGAGAUAAAAGAAUAAGCCAUAUACAAGAUCAGUAUGUUACUGAACCUCUCUUAGAAGGCAGAAAACACGGAACAAAGAAUGCAUCCAGUAAUAAUUAUCUUGCUAAUAUAAACUUUUAUCAUUCUAUAAAAUAAUUCACACAGGUGUUAGCAGCAUACCUGCAUUUUCAAAUGUUCCUUCUGUCAUAAAUGAUCACAAUAUUAAAAAGGUAUGCAGUGCUUGUUUGAUAUUGUGAGAUAUUUAUGUUAUUUUCUUAAAGUAUAAAUACAUCAGGUAUCUGGUUCUGCUCAUUUAGAUCUGUUUUAUGCUGGUAUGUAGUAUCUUUAAUUUCAGUGGAGGAUAUCAGAUUUUAUUUAAAUUUAAAUGAGGGCAGAAUCAGGAUGCCAGUUUUCUUUAAUCAAAAGCAAAGAGAACACAAAUCAAACCUGCAGGACACACACAAAGCAAACACAAGUUGGGAAAUCUGAAGAAUUGUGGGGAUUAUAUUGUCUUUUUAUUAAUUUUUUUUUUGCCUGGGAGAUGUGGUUCUUGUUGAUAAUUAAAUUUAAUUGUUUUAUCACCAUUUGUGAAUGAAUAAUACUACUGUGCAAAACUGUGUUGUGAGCUAUCCCAGCACAUCCCGAACAACUAACUCCACUGGCUUAUCGUUCUGGAAUGUCACUACACUCCUAAAAUAAGUCUGCUUAUUUUUUGAGGGCUGUUUGUGGAUUGUCAUAAUAUCAAAUUAUUAUUAAAUUUCAUAUUGAGACAAUGAGCCCAACUGGAAAAUGCUUUCUGAAGCACAUGGGA